AUGGCAGAUCGGUUCUUACCACCAGAUUACCAGCAGGAGUUGUUCAGACAGUACCAGGAUUACAGGCAGGGUACUCGGAUAGUUAAAAAGUACAUGGAAGAGUUUGACAGGUUGGCGAAUCACAAUGAUUUGGAGGAAACUAAAGAACAAUGGAUAUUCAAAUUUGUACAUGUGUUGCAAGUUUCCAUCCUAGAUCAGGUAUCCCUACAAACCCUGUAUACUUUGAAUGAGGCUUUAACCUUAUCCAAGAAAAUAGAAUAUCAGCAUCUCAGGGUAGGUUCGAAGUUUUCCAACCGCAAUUCGGAGUCCUCUAGUUCCACUGCCAAUAAAGGUAAACAACCCAUGUUUACACCACGAUCACAACCUGUGGUUAGGGAGAAUAGCGGUGUCAACCAAUCCAUAGUGGCAGUAGUAGGUUCCGCAGCCCAGUCGAUAGCGAAUGCCAACCAUUAUUCUAGGCCAACUAGGAAUAAGUGUUAUAGGUGUGGAGAACCAGGACAUCAAUCUAGUACUUGUCCUAAGCGAGUUAUAGUGAAUCUGGUGGUGGCAAAAGAGGGUGAGGUAGAAGGUGAACAGGAGGGUGAAGAGGUGUAUAAUGAUGCUGAUCGGGUGGAAUAUGGUGAUCAGCGAAAUGAGAUCUUCCAAGCACGAUGCACCGUCAGUAAGAAGGUCUGUGAUUUGAUCAUUGACAGUGGCAGUGUAGAGAACAUUGCGUCGAAGAGUUUGGUUACCAAACUGGGACUGAAAACAGAAAAGCACCCCGCUCCGUACAAGAUAAGUUGGAUCAAGAAAGCUAUGGAAACUCUUGUUACUCAACAAUGCCGUAUUACUUUUUCUAUGGUUAAAUGUUAUAUACAUGAAGUAGUUUGUGAUGUUGUUGAAAUGGAUGCAUGUCAUUUAAUACUGGGUAGACCUUGGCAGUAUGAUGUGGAUACUACUCAUAGGUGUAAGGAUAAUGUGUAUGUGUUUUUUAAGAAUGACAGAAAAAUUGUCCUUGAUCCUAUUGAGGAAGGCAGCAUACCCAAAACUUCUAAAGUGGAGUGGAAGCCAACACUCCUCAUAGUGAACAAUGAAGAUGAGUUUGAUAGGGAGUGUAAGGGGUUGAAACAGGUAUAUGUUGUAGUGGUGACAGAUGGCGAGCCAAAGAAGGUUGUUGCAAUACCUGAGGUAAUUCAAGCAUUAAUCAAGGAGUGUGAAGUUCUUUUUCCAAAAGAGCUGCAUGUGGAUGAGCUUCUGAGCAAGGGGCAGAUCAGGGAGAGUAUGAGUCCAUGUGCAGUACCAGCCUUGUUAACAUGGUCCAAGUGUUACACCAAGCUGGAUCUCAAGAGUAGGUAUCACCAGAUUCAGAUCCAACCUGGAGAUAAGUGGAAGAUAGCUUUUAAGACAAAGGAGGGGCUGUAUGAGUGGAUGAUAAUGCCUUUCGGAUUGUCCAAUGCUCCCAGCACUUUCACGAGACUUAUUAAUCAAGCCAAUGAGUUGUAUAUCAACUUGAAGAAGUACAACUUCUUGACUGAUAAGUUACUGUUUUUAGGGUAUGUGGUCAGUGCGGAUGGGAUUCAUGUUGAUGAGGACAAGGUCCGUGCAGUCAGAGAAUGGCCAACCCCAAAGACAGUGAGUGAUGUGCGAAGCUUCCAUGGGCUAGCAAUCUUCUAUCGGAGGAUUGUUAGAGAUUUCAGUAGCAUAGUAGCCCCUAUCAUUGAGUGUGAUGCAUUUGUGGGUUUAAUUGCCUCAAAGAGCUGUACGAGACUGAUGAGGAUUUUGGUGAUAUUUGGGAUUAUUAGGGAGCUACAUGGUGGAGGUUUAAGUGGACAUAUUGGCAGAGACAAGACUAUAGCACAGGUGGAAGAGAGGUACUUGAAGAUGUCCCAUUUCAUAGCAUGCAAGAAGACUUCAGAUGCUCCUCGAGUGGCCAAUCUGUUCUUUAAGGACGUUGUGCGUUUGUAUGGAGUGCCAAAGUCCAUCACCUCUGAUUGGGAUACCAAGUUCAUUAGUCGCUUCUGGCAGACUUUGUGGAAGCAUUUUGACACUUCCUUGAAUUACAGCAGCACUAGUCAUCCUUAG